CGCAAGCGACGUUGGGCAGAGCCGAGCCGAGCGCUGGGGAGGCGGAGGCCGAAGCAGGAGGCGCAGGAGCAGCAUCAGCAUCGCCGCCGCCGCUGCCGCCGCCGCCGCCAUCCAUCUUCUGCAAGCCGGCGGAGCAGGUGCCGCUGUCGGUGGGAGCGCCUUCUAUCCGCGGCGCGGGGCUCGUCGAUCAGCGGAGGAAGAGGACGAGGCGGCGGCGCCAAGAUGUUGGAGAUCCAGUUGGACGACGGCGGCGUCGGGGGCUACCCGGGUGACGACUACUGCUCCGGCUCGGUGAUGUCGGAGCGGGUGUCGGGCCUGGCCAACAGCAUCUACCGCGAGUUCGAGCGCCUCAUCCGCUGCUACGACGAGGAGGUGGUCAAGGAGCUGAUGCCGCUGGUGGUGACGGUGCUGGAGAACCUCGACUCGGUGCUCACCGACAACCAGGAGCAUGAGGUGGAGCUGGAGCUCCUGCGCGAGGACAACGAGCAGCUGCUCACGCAGUACGAGCGGGAGAAGGCGCUGCGCAAGCAGGCCGAGGAGAAGUUCAUUGAAUUUGAAGAUGCACUGGAACAGGAGAAGAAGGAAUUGCAGAUACAGGUCGAGCACCUUGAAUUUCAAACACGGCAGCUGGAGUUAAAGGCCAAAAACUAUGCAGACCAGAUUUCCAGGUUGGAAGAGCGUGAAUCAGAAAUGAAGAAAGAGUACAAUGCUCUUCACCAGCGUCACACAGAGAUGAUCCAGACCUACGUGGAACACAUUGAGCGAUCCAAGAUGCAGCAAGUUGCUGGAAAUAGUCAGAAUGAGAGUGGACUACCUGGAAGGAGUCACCGCCAGUCAUGGAGGAAAAGCAUGAAGAGGCGUCCCAAUUCUCUGAACAUCCCCCUCACAGAUGACAUGGUACGUGGGCAGGUGGGCGCCAAGAUCGCCCCCGCAGUGGACCACUGGCACCUGAGUGACCUCGGCCAGCUGCAGUCCAACUCCGGCUACAAGUGCCCGCCUGAUGAAAUGUCUGAGUCUGGACAGUCCUCAGCAGCUGCUACGCCCAGCACCACCGGAACGAAAUCCAACACACCCACCUCGUCCGUGCCCUCUGCUGCUGUCACCCCCCUGAAUGAGAGCCUUCAGCCCAUGAAUGACUACAUCACGUCAAAGAACAACAAGCGGUCGCGGGAGAAACGGAAUAGUAGAAAUAUGGAAGUCCAGGUCGCCCAAGAGACGAGGAAUGUGAGCAUAGGGAUGGGAAGCAGCGAUGAGGGAUCAGAUUUUCAAGAUAUUGAUUCUACUCCGGAACUGGAUAUGUGCCAGGAUCCCAGGCUGGAACGCACAGGAAACAGCCCUACUCAGGGGAUCGUGAACAAAGCCUUCGGCAUCAACACCGACUCGCUGUACACUGAACUUACUGAAGUCGGCUCGGAAGCCAUUGGAGAUGUGGAUGAAGGAGCGGACCUCCUAGGGGAGUUUUCAGGGAUGGGCAAAGAAGUGGGGAACCUGUUGAUGGAGAACACGCAGCUACUGGAAACAAAAAAUGCUUUGAACAUAGUGAAGAACGAUUUAAUUGCAAAGGUAGACCAGCUCACCGGGGAGCAAGAGGUGUUGAAAGGUGAGCUUGAAGCAGCAAAGCAAGCGAAAGCCAAGAUGGAAGCUAGAAUCAAGGAACUCGAAGAAGAACUGAAAAGAGUGAAAUCCGAAGUGAUCGUUGCCCGUCGAGAGCCCAAAGAAGAGGUGGAGGAUGUAAGCAGCUAUCUCUGUACAGAAUUGCCGUCCUCCUCCCCCCUGCAGGACAACAUUCCCAUAGCUCAGCGCCGGCGGUUCACCCGCGUGGAGAUGGCCCGGGUCUUGAUGGAGCGCAACCAAUACAAGGAGAGGUUGAUGGAGCUGCAGGAGGCUGUCAGGUGGACCGAGAUGAUCAGAGCCUCUCGGGAGCACCCUUCUGUCCAGGAGAAAAAGAAAUCUACUAUUUGGCAAUUCUUCAGCCGCCUGUUCAGCUCCUCCUCCAGUCCUCCACCUGCCAAAAGGAGUUACCCAUCAGUGAACAUCCAUUACAAAUCUCCCACGGCAGCUGGGUUCAGCCAGCGCCGCAGCCACACUAUGUGCCAGAUCUCUGCUGGGAAUCGCACCCUUGAGUUCUUCCCGGAUGAUGACUGUACGUCAUCCGCACGUCGCGAGCAGAAGCGCGAACAGUACCGCCAAGUCCGGGAGCACGUGCGGAAUGAUGACGGUCGCUUGCAGGCCUGUGGGUGGAGCCUGCCCGCCAAAUACAAGCAGCUGAGUCCCAAUGGUGGCCAAGAGGACAACCGGAUGAAAAAUGUCCCUGUGCCUGUGUACUGCCGCCCACUAGUGGAAAAGGACCCAACCAUGAAGUUGUGGUGUGCAGCUGGUGUCAAUUUGACAGGUUGGAAGCCUGUGGAACCAGAUACUGGAAAUGGACAGAAACCAGAUCCAGGAUGUGACCCUCUCACUUGCGACCGAGAAGCAGAAGGAGAGAGCACCAAGAGUAACCACACAUCGCCAGAAAAGAAAAAGGCCAGAGAGUUGCACGAGAUGGAUGCCACAUCCAGCAGAGUGUGGAUCCUCACGAGCACCUUGUCUACAAGCAAAGUUGUGAUCAUAGAUGCCAACCAGCCAGGGACAGUGGUAGAUCAUUUCACCGUCUGCAAUGCUCAUGUUCUUUGCAUCUCCAGCAUUCCAGCGGCCUGUGACACUGACUAUCCUCCUGGAGAAAUCUUUCUGGAAGGGGACAUCAAUCCCGAAGAGUCCUCUGAAACCGAUGGUGUCUUGGCAGGCAUCACCCUGGUGGGCUGUGCGACCCGGUGCAAUGUGCCCAGCAGCAACUGCUCCUCCCGCGGAGACACUCCAGUGUUGGAUAAAGGACAGAGUGAGGUGCCUGCCGUGAGCAACGGCAAGAUCAACCAGUCCCAGUCCACCGAGGAGGCGACAGAAGCUACAGAGGUGCCAGAGAAUGGGGUACACGAAAUGGAGCCAGCCCAAGUCCGCCCAGGCCCCCUUACGGAACAUGUGUUUACAGACCCAACCCCAGUUCAAGUGCCUGUGAGGCAAAACAGUGAGAACGGGCAGCCAAAGAUGGAGUCAAGCACAGCAGCCCAGGAGCAAGAGGCAAAUGGAAAUGCAGCUGGCACUACCACAAGCGCUGCCCCUACCAUGUGGCUGGGAGCACAGAAUGGCUGGUUGUACGUGCACUCAGCAGUCUCAAACUGGAAGAAAUGUCUACACUCAAUCAAACUGAAGGAUUCAGUGCUGAGCCUGGUGCACGUAAAAGGACGUGUUCUCGUGGCCCUGGCUGAUGGAACCCUAGCCAUAUUCCAUCGAGGAGAAGAUGGUCAGUGGGACCUCAGCAAUUACCAUCUCAUGGACCUGGGUCACACACACCAUUCUAUUCGCUGCAUGGCUGUGGUGUAUGACCGAGUGUGGUGCGGCUACAAGAACAAAAUCCACGUCAUCCAGCCCAAAACGAUGCAGAUAGAGAAGUCCUUUGAUGCCCACCCUCGCCGGGAGAGCCAGAUCCGACAGUUGGCUUGGAUUGGGGACGGUGUUUGGGUUUCCAUCCGCCUGGAUUCCACGCUGAGGCUGUACCAUGCUCACACCCAUCAGCAUCUCCAGGAUGUAGACAUUGAGCCCUAUGUCAGCAAAAUGUUAGGCACCGGAAAGCUGGGUUUCUCAUUUGUGCGGAUUACAGCGUUACUCAUUGCGGGCAACCGUCUGUGGGUAGGGACAGGCAACGGGGUUGUCAUUUCCAUCCCAUUGACGGAGACUGUAGUCCUCCACCGAGGUCAGCUCCUUGGGCUCAGGGCCAAUAAGACAUCCCCAACAUCUGGAGAAGGGAACCGGCCUGGCGGGAUCAUACAUGUGUACGGCAGCGACGACAGCAAUGACAAGUCUGCCAGCAGUUUUAUCCCUUACUGCUCCAUGGCUCAAGCCCAGCUCUGCUUCCAUGGUCACCGUGACGCAGUCAAAUUCUUUGUCUCUGUGCCUGGUAACGUUCUGGCAACACUGAACGGGAGUGUGCUAGACAGCCCCUCCGAGAACCCCAGCACGGCCACCAUCGAGGCCGAGGGCCAGAAGCUCAAGAACGUCCUGGUGCUCAGUGGUGGGGAAGGGUACAUUGACUUCCGGAUUGGAGAUGGAGAAGAUGACGAGACGGAGGAAAAUGCAGGAGAAGCCACCCAAGUCAAGCCCAUCCUCUCCAAGGCUGAACGGAGCCACAUCAUUGUGUGGCAAGUUUCCUACACCCCCGAAUGAGCUACUCUUGUCUUUUCUUUUUCUGCCAAUUAUAACUCUCUCCCCUCUGAUCCCCCCAAACUCCCGGAAUGCCAGUAUGUACAUACCAGAACUCCUGCAUUUCUCCUACUGCUGGAAAACCGAGGCCCCAGAAAACCAACCGCAACAGCUCCUGCACUGGAUAGCGGCACCCUCCCUCGUCUAACCUCCAAACCUGCAGCUUUCAUCUUGGGCCUGCACGCUUUCCAAAACAGCUGGGUUACUGCCAGCUGUCCAAAGGGGGAGAAUCAUGGCAAUGAAGGCCCCUCCGCCCCGCCCCCCAAGCGAGGCAACGAGAGAUGCACAGGCAGAGCGGACUUGGCUUGGAUGAGGUUUUCAAGACGGUCCCCUCCCUCCUUCCUUCAUCUGCCUGCAUGGAAGAACUAAGCUUUUUUACCGGCUCCCGCCCCUGCCCACUUCGCCACCACGGAGGCAGCGCUGACAGCAUGCACUGGUCUGCAAACCUGGACGAGAGAGGUGGCUCCCAUCGUAACAAAGUGAACAUUCCAACCUUGUCUCCUUUGCUGUGUCUCUAUGGGACCUGCUCACAGGGGAUUACCUGGGAUAAACUGGGAGGUUGGGAAUCCAAAAGAGCGUAUGGAUGCUUUUGGGAACACUUUGGUGUGGAAGUCUACAGCGGGAUGUCAGUGCCCAGAGAUGGACCACAGGCACAAGAUGGGCUUCCACCGCUGAAGCUGUUUAGAUCUGGGCCUGGGCACUUAAAAGCAUAACUCAAGUCGGUAGAGCAUGAGACUUUUAAUCUCAGGGCCGUGGGUUUGAACCCCACGUUGGGGUUUUGCAGGAGGUUAUGGUCCCUUCCAACUUUACACUUCUGUGGUUCUAUUUAUGGGAGAGCUCUUUGAGAGUCCCAGUGUGCCCAGCUCUGAACUCCUUAGAGGAAGGGGAAGAUUCAAGCCCAACAAAUACCAUAUAUAGUAAUUCAGGUGAGAGGCACAAUUGGUAGACUUGAAGGUGGGGUGGGCAUCUCCAGCUCUUUGUAGCAGUGGGUGGUGUGCUGAUGGAGAGGAAGGCAAUAUGUAUGUUUUUAGCUGGUAUGUGGAGAGUAAUCGAAAGAACUGGGAAGUCCUCUGCUGUUGAAAGGCCACCAAGGUGUGCUUUGUGCUCCCUUGCCUGGUGCUGUUCCACUAGGGCCCCAAUGGAGACUUGGGUGUUGGAUAUGGCUCUCAGAGGUAUUCAAAUGUAUCUUGCAGGCAAUUCAGGAAAGAAAGAGGUCCAGAUGGAGACUAGGCCCCCUCCCUCUCCAUGACAUAUAUUGAAACCAAUGAAAGCACACUUGGACUUGGGGGAGAUGGAGCAAGGCAUUCAGUGGAGAGGUAUGUGCUUGAGGAGGGUGGGCUGGGGAAGAGUGGAAAUGAAGAAAUGGGGAAGCGAGCUGAGAAGACGACAUUGGUCCUUCGUUAAGCGGCUUACAGAUGCAGCAAGAGAGGAAGCAGAGAUGGUCUUGUUGGGAGAGGAUGCUGAGAAAGCAACACCCACAGCUGUGGCCUGCGAGUUGGGGCGCUGCCACUCUGCUGGCUGCUCACCAGGUUGGUGGCAGGUGUGCCACACUCAUAACACACACCCCACCUGUUGCUCCCCUUCUCUCCCUGCCACAUGCAGUGGCAGUGCCAUCCCAGCCAGUGAGCCCCGUUUCAUGCAUUGUGGCUCGGCAUCAGUGACUGGGAGUGGAUUGCUACUUGAGAUGAAGUUGUAAACAGCUGGUCCUCUGGGAUAUAAGGCGGUUUCUGCCAUAGGCUGUUCAGAGGCUAAUUAACUUUAAAGGCUGUGGGAGGAAGCAGCAGGAAGAAGCCCAGAAAUGUUAAGUGCUCUUAACGUCUUAUUUAAAUCUCACAGAACCUUUCACAUUUUAAUUUUCUUUGAAGCCAGGGGAGACCAAGGUUUUUCAGAGAGGGAGGUGGGUCUUUCUUAGAGAGACAGAAAGACAGAGAGGGACCAACAUCCUAGCAGUUCUUGGUAGAGUCAAAGUUUGGGACUGUCCACAUGCCCCUUUCUUUGUGUGCUUUGUAGCAGAGGGAGAUUAUUGCAGGCUUUUCUCUCUUUUUUUCCUUUUUGCAUCUCAGGCCUCCCCUGCCUGCCUCUGUGGGCAAUGUUUUCUUUCUCCAACAUGCCUGAAUGAGGUCUGAGAAAACAUAGACUAAAGAGAAAGUCCAGUCAUUGUGGGAACACUUGCCCCAAUCCAGUCAACUGUACCAUGCUGUGACUUAAACCCACUUUCUUGUGUGCCCAGUAGUGGCUUGGGUACUGCAAGCACACAAGCACCAUGGCACACAUAUCGAAUGCCUUACAGCUCCAUUCCUUAACACCUGGCCACAAGCUGGACCUGUGCCUGGGACCCCCACUCUAUGUGUGGUUUUAUGUCACUUGCUUACUCAAAGCCACCCAGAGCAACAGACUGUACACAGAGAGGAAAGAAAUGCUGUAUGGCAAAGGCUGAAAAGGUCUGUGGGUUCCGCACAACAAACCAAGAUGUAGAAAAAACAAGAAAGAGACGUUAAGUGGUAAAGCUGGUGGGGUGGGGGGUGGACGUUGCGACUUGCAAGUCGACGUUGUUGAUCUUUGACCCAUAAUUUUUCGCCGAGAGCAGGAGAGAGGAAAUCUAGGAGGCUGGUGAAGUCAUUGGCGUAGUUUGAUUUGAAAGAGCACAAAAUGUGGUUAAGUAGCUGCAGCAAGGCUUGAGAUCAAACGGGGGCUUUAUUCAUGAUGAGAAAGAGAGCGAGGCUUAAAGGGUAGGUAGCAAAGGCAAGGGGAACAGAUAUCAGGAGCAGGACAUCUGCUUUGCAGGAAGAAGAUUCAGUCCCUGCCAUCUCCAGUUUUUAAAAAAUGGAUCAAGAAGAGAACGGGUGGUGGGAAAGACCUCUUCAUAAGAGACUGGGCAGUCACUGCCAGUCAGUCUACAUGGUACUGGGCAAAAUGGAAAGUCUCAGCUGCUGUAAAAGCCGCUUCCUAGGUUCCCUUAUUUUUAUUCUGUCCAUUAAGUUUCCAGAUUUCAGGCCACUCUUGGUCUUAGGCCUUACCUUACCAGACCUACCUGGAAGUGACACACUAGGGAGAUAUCAACAAUUUCACUGAGUGCAGCUGACACUUGUUAUUUUCCAUGUCACAAGGACGUUGUGGGGUUGGCUUUUCAGUAAACAAGGAGCCAGACCGCCUCCUGAUAUUGCUCCUAAGGAAAGGGUUUUGUUGCCCAAUACCAGCUUACCCUAGCUGUUUUCUAGACUACUGAUGAAAUAAUACUGUGCAGGAGAGAGCAGAGCAGAGUGUUCAGACCCCCUUUCAUUAUUCCACUCGAAACACCAGUGCCGUCAGCCAAGAUUUGCUGUUCUCCUGGGGCAGGUUUGCAAGUAAUACCACUAAUCUAUCCUGUCACAUUCACCACCACCAUGCCUGCCCCACUGCUACCCCAGUGCUCUGCUCAGAAAGAUGGCCACAGUCCAGGUGGAGUUGAAUCUCUGUUCAUUAGAGGGCAAAAGACAUAAAGCAGCUAACCCUCCUGUGCUUGUCCCAAUUAAGGAGAGAAUGAAGCAGAUCUUGUACCGCUUGCUCUGAAGUGGGGGAGAGGGGAGCUGGGAAGGCGACAUAGGGCCUGUAGCUCACAGGUAGAAUAUCUGCCUUACAUGCAAAAGGUCCCGGGUUAUAAAUAAAAGCCCUGAUGUCUCCAGGUAGAGUUGGGGAAAGCUGCCUGUCAGUGUAGACAAUACUAAGCUAGAUGGACUACUCGCCUGACUAUUCUUAUGCUUCCUAUGUUCUUACUUUGUUUAGUCUGUCUGGGGGUGAAACAACUUUCGGAAGGGCUGGGAGGAAACUAACGUGAGCAACCUGACAACAGCAGAGCCUGGGAGGAGAGAGAAAGGAAAGUCAGUUUUUAAAAAGUGAGGACCGGUGAGGUGGGCAGCUUUGGCUUAGGCACUACUUAGCAAUGGUGCAGUUAGGUGGUUUUAGGCCUUAACUGUCUCCCAACCCGCCAAACCUUUAGAUGUAACAUGUAUUGCUUACUUAUCCGCGUUUUUGAAGCAAGCUGUAUUUGGGGAGGGGGAGCGCCUGCUCAUUAUGCUGAGUUGGGUCUGGGUCCUAUAACUUCUGCCCCCAAAGCCCUAUCCCUACAGCACCACUGCAGCUUAAGAGGGUGAGCAUGUGGAGUCUGACAGGGUGCCAUGGUUUUUAAAACUGAUCUACCUGUUGCCAAAAGACCCGAGAGCAGGAUUACUUCCUCAUUCAGAACUGAACCAAGGUAUGGUGUUAUUUUUUAAAAAAACAACACAGAUACAACUGCAAAGCCCCCCACAGUUCUCUGUUUCCAGCAUUUAUUAGUCAGGAUACUGCUCCUUUUGCCUCCCCUGCCUACAAAUAUAUGCCCAAAGAACCUUUCACAGUUUGAAGUUAUGUUUUCCUUGAAAAGAAGCACAUGUUCAAGGUGGGGGGGGGACGC